UUCAUCUGUGUAGAAUUCUUGACUUUAGGUGUUUGAUACCAAAGGAUCCCAGAGUUGAUCUGAAAGAUGAGGACCUUCGUUGUUCUGCUGUUUGUUCUCUGCAGCUGUCUCUCUGAGCUGCAGGUUUUUCAAAGUAGAGACAAUGACAAGAAGCCAAUCUUUAUGGAAACCACACAGAGGGUCAGCGAGAGCCAGGUGGAGGAACAGAGAGACCUACUCCAGGAGCUGAGAGCCAUUGUGGCUCAACAGAGCACCAAACUGAAUGAGAUGGGAGCCACCGUGGAGGAACAGAGAGUCCUACUCCAGGAGCUGAGAGACAUUGUGGCUCAACAGAGCACCAAACUGAAUGAGAUGGGAGCCAACAUGGAGGAACAGAGAGUCCUACUCCAGGAGCUGAGAGCCAUUGUGGCUCAACAGAGCACCAAACUGAAUGAGAUGGGAGCCACCGUGGAGGAACUGAAGAGAGAGAACAGAGAGAGACCGAAGGUGGCCUUCUCAGCCUCGCUGUCUGAAUCCAAAGGACCAAAUAGUGAUGAUGGCAUCCUGGUCUACAAACAUGUCUUCAACAAUAUUGGUGAGGCUUACAGUCCAGUGACAGGUAUCUUCAGAGCACCGGUUAAUGGAGUCUACUACUUCACAUACACUGCCUUUACAACCUCCAGCAAGAAGAGAAGAGUGUCGCUGUAUAAAAAUGGACUUCUAAUGGUGACUGUGACCGAUGAUGUUUCAGACUCAGAGGACGGUGGAUCCAAUGGUGUCACACUGAAGUUGGAUGCAGGAGAUGAAGUCUACACUCGUCUGAUGGCAGGCUAUUACAUCUUUGAUGACAAUAAUCACCACAGCACCUUUACUGGCUUUCUGCUCUUCACUUAGAAAACACUUAAUUCUAUACCUGAAUCGUACUGCUUUUUAAUGAUUUUAUGACAUAUGACCAGUGUGAACUAAGCGUUGAUAACAAGGUGAAAAACAAACAAUCUUGUGUCUUCAUCAUUUAACCCAACACAUCUGGAUCAGAACCAACCAGUCCAGGGGGAUAUAUUAAGCUUGAGGUAUUUUUCAGUUAUUUCUGUACGGACUGGUCGGGUGAUGCAAUCUUUGUGCUGCUUUGUGUAAGAAUGAAAGUGUAGACCUGAUUCUCUUUUCAAUAACUGACUACUGAAUCAUUUUAUAAAUAAUUUGUUUGAUCUAUGAGACAGAAUGGGAAGUUGGGUAGUGUCCUCCAUGUUUUGUCUAAUGAAUAAAGAAAUGUUCUUCUCCAAUUAA